AUGGAGAAAAAAUCUGCAGCAAAACAGAAGAAAGCAGAUUCUGUAGAUGACUCCAAUGAUGGAAACUCUGACAGUGAAGCCUUGAGCUUAAUGGUGAAAAAGUUCUCAAAAUUUCUGAAGUAUAAGAAUAAAACUAAUAACAGUUAUGCAGGAAACAAGAAGCAGUCCAGAUCUGGAACUCAAACCUGCUAUGAGUGUGGCAAGACAAGACACAUCAAAGUAGAUUGUCCUGUGCUGAAGAUGAAGCAGAAACUGGAAGAGAAAAAUGAGGCAGAGAAGCACCUGAAGAAAAAGAAAGCCUAA